GCCCGUCGCCUCCCGCCGCGCCGGAGCGGCCCGCACGGUGGGGUCCGGCCCGGGCGGAACCGCGGCGGGGUUGGGUGGGGGAGCUGUCCCGUGUGGGGGAGAGGCUGUGGUGCAUUUGAUUACCUGCUGGAAACACUCUGAAGUAUCAGCAAUGAACUUGAUGUUAACAUUAUUCUUCUCUGGAAUAGUUGCCUGUUGUGGUCGCUCCACUGGUGAUUCGGUAUCCAGGUUACUUCUUGUGUCCUUUGAUGGCUUCAGGGCUGAUUACUUGGAAACCUAUAAACUUCCUCAUCUCCAGGAGUUCAUUAAGGAUGGUGUGCUUGUAAAAGAAGUGACAAACUCUUUUAUCACCAAGACUUUCCCAAACCAUUACACGAUAGUGACGGGUUUAUAUGAAGAAAGCCAUGGCAUUGUGGCCAACGACAUGUAUGACCCAGAUGCUCAGAAGAAGUUCUCACAGUUCAAUGAUUCAGAUGCCUUCUGGUGGGACGAAGCAGUCCCAAUUUGGGUAACAAACCAACAGCAGGGAAAUGGGGCAAGUGCUGCUGCCAUGUGGCCUGGUAGUGAUGUAAAAAUUAACGACACGACCCCUCAGUUCUUUAUGAAGUAUAACUUCUCAGUUACGUUUGAGGAGAGAGUGGAGAAAAUUGUUGCAUGGCUGAACAGCUCUAACCCAGUAGUCAAUUUUGCUACAUUAUACUGGGAAGAACCAGAUGCAAGUGGGCACAAAUAUGGACCGGAUUACUCUGAGAACAUGCGCAAAGUAUUAGAAGAAGUGGAUAAUCACAUUGGUUUCCUUACUGAUAAAUUGAAGGCCUUUGGUUUGUGGGACACUAUUAAUAUCAUCAUAACAAGUGAUCAUGGAAUGGCAUCAUGUUCUGCAAACAAGCUGAUUAUCCUGGAUGACUGCAUCGGUCGCAAUAACUAUACUCUGAUAGACAAGACUCCAGUUGCUGCAGUGCUGCCAAAGCAGAACAAAAGCGAUGUCUACAACUUACUGAAAAAAUGCAGCAGUCACAUGAAAGUGUAUCUGAAAGAAGAAAUUCCAGACAGAUUUCAUUAUCGUCACAAUAAGAGGAUUCAGCCCAUAAUUCUGGUUGCAGAUGAAGGUUGGACAAUUGUACAGAAUGAGUCUUUUUCAAAAUUAGGUGACCACGGCUACGACAACGCUCUCCCGAGCAUGCAUCCGUUCCUGGCCGCUCGCGGGCCGGCUUUUCACCGGGGUUACAAGCAGGGCACGAUGAACAACGUGGAUAUUUACCCCAUGAUGUGCCACAUCCUGGGGCUGACGCCGCGGCCGCACAACGGCACUUUCAGUAACACCAAGUGCCUGCUCACUGACCAGUGGUGUGUCAAUCUUCCUGAAGCUGUCGGGAUAGUUAUUGGGGCUUUAACCAUACUGACUUCUUUCACCUGCAUUCUCAUCAUCUCAAAGAAGAAAACAGCUGCCCCGCGGCCCUUUUCCCGACUUCAAUUACAGUCUGAUGAUGAUGAUCCUUUAAUUGGAUAGCAUGUGUGGAGCCCCACCUCAUUUGCUAAAUAGGGAUUUCAGGAAGAGUUUGGACUUGCACUGGGUGACAUUCUUUGAUGCACUUUAAUGGUAUCUGUAUAAAAUACUGUACAACCAGAUCUUGCUAACUUUUUUGUGUUGCUACUUGACUAGUAGUCCUGUUUUUCAGAACAAAACGGUGAACAGGUGGCUUUCUGCUGGAAGAGAUGCUUAACAAAACAAGGAUGCUUAGUUUUUCAUUCAAGCUUUUCAACACUUUCAAAAUGAAAUUCCAGAGUAUGAACUAGCUGGGAUAGACAAGUGAAUUUUCACACUUGUAAAUGAUAAUUGUACUUUUGUCUUAAAUUAAUGUUGACUUCUUUUAGUGAGCUUGUGCCUGUAUUGGAAAGAUCUUUUCAUAUGAGAGUUAGAAGUUAGUUCUGUUUGGACAGUAUGUUCUGAAUUAUUUUAAAUUUGGAGAUGGAGGGUGUAGAGAAAAUAAAUACUUCUGUUUCCACCCUAAGCCAACAGUAUGACAAGAAACUGCUGAGAAAGAAAAUAGAAGUCAGUGAGGAGAGAUUUGUUGCAUAUCACUUCUGUUUUGCACCAUUAAGUGUGCAGUUCAGCAGUUGCAACACCAGGCACGUGGCUCUGACAUUUCUAGAUGGCUUGUGGGUUACUUAGUUCCACAGUUCCUGCACUUGCUUAUCUCAAGGAAGUAGAUUUAAUCUGAGAAUCCUUGGAUUGCUCAGUUUAAUGGGCUGUAAAACUACUGCUUCUAAACCCUGUGAAAAGUUCUUAAGGUGUAAACUCUGCUGAAGAUGUUUUUGUAAUGAAGGUGGUUCUGCCCUGUGUGCCAACUGAUAGUUAUCUUUUGAAAGCUGUCAUGUGCUAAAAAGCAACAACUGAAUGUUUGAACGUGCAGCCAUCAAGCAAGGAUUCCAGACUCUUUAUUUUAAACCCUGGAAAUUUAAAGGAAAAAAUUAAUUUAUUUUUUGAGGUAAGAUCUGUUAUCUGUAGUGUCUAGAUGUAAAGUUCUGGUGAAGACCAGUGCUAGUAGUUAAUUGAAACUCUUGAUUCCUUGUUAAUGGUCAAGUCUAGUAACUUGCCUUUAAAAAAAAAAUAAAAAAAAAAAAUUAAAAGCCUGAGUAGCACUUAUCUUUCAGUGAGGAAAGAAUGCAAGGUUAAAUUGUUAACGCUAACCCAAAAAGAGAACUACUGUUACCAAAUCCUGUUCCUGCUAGUUUAAUAGUUUUAAGAACUGGUACUCUUAAGUGAGAGAGCUGAGCUACAACAUUUCUUGUUCAUGAGGUCAAAUCUAAUACUAUUUCAUACUGGCUACAAACUACCUUUUGACCCAGCUGGGAGGAAGUAUGGGCUUUGGAGGGAAGGGUUGCUUUUAACUGCCCACUGAAAAAAACAGAUUUUAGUUUGCAAAAUGACACGUGGAAGUUUUACUAAAUCGUAUCUUUUUCUCCGAGGAUUCUAUUGUACUGAUUAAAAACACAAUACAAAAACUAAAGUGUUCUGUUUUUUUCCCUGUUCUUAAACUGCUAGUUACUACUUACCACCUAAUGUUUUACUCUGGAUUAAGGUGAAUUUAAGAGGCUCAGGCCCGUUAAAAAAUAUGCGCUGUUACUGACAGUCUGCUGCAUUUUAGACUGUUGAUAUAGUAAGAGUGAGAGCUGGACUGAACUCUCAUCCUGCUGAAAGAUUUGAAAUAAUUUGUUACAUACAAUAGGAGGUCAAGUUAAUGAGUAACUAUGAAAUUAAUGUUUUGCAGGGUAGAACCCAGCUUAGACAUGCUGUAAAAGGGAGGAUGCUUAAAUUCCUACAUUGGAAAGAGUAGUUAGGUUCUUUUAAUGUUGGUACUACAGGCUGCCAUCCUCAGUACAUGGCAGACUUGCUGCAAGGUGCUUUGCACGUUCUAUUUAUGGAAAGGCUUGACUCAGCUGAGUUAUCUUUAUCUUUCUAGCAGACUUGGUAAUACCAAGCUGUUCUGUCCUCUACCUGUGAGAGGUUUUUUUCUAAAUGCUAAAACUGAUUGGCACAGGAUUCUGUUCUUCCCUUCUUCCUCCUUCCCCCAGACAGUGUGUGAUUGAUGGGCUUUCACUGUCAUCAGCCAGGUCUCAAGGUUACCACCAAGAUCUUAAUUAUCAGAAAUGUAAAUGUCAACUGAAUUGCAAUGGCAGCACUCUAACCUGAAAUAGGAAUAUUGGUACAGGUGGGGAAAUCUAGGUCUAAAUGCAUUUCUCCUUCUAGCUCUAGGUACAGGACAUUGAGCUCCUAUGAAACCAGAAAGUGAACAGCAGGAUCUAGCAGAAAUCCCUACUACUCUCUCCUCCUCCUCCCUUUAGCCUUGAGACUAAACAGUGUUACUGUGGGAAGAGUUUAAAGAGAAAGUUUAAAUAUUUAUCAAGGAAUACAAUAAACGACAUUGCAGCUGCAUUGCUAAUAA